AUGGGAAAUGGAUAGUGUUGUAAGAAAGUGGAUAGAGUUGAAACAUUAUAAUAUGAUGAUGAAACUUCUCAUCCAGAUACAUCUAAAAGAGGAUCUAUAAAAUAAGGGGAUUAAUAACCUUAAAUGUUAAGUUAAUCAGAUUCAGAUGAAGAAUAUCCAAAGAGAAAAUAACAUUAAUUAGGGGUUUUGAAGGAACCACAAAAAACAUCAUAACUAUCAACGAUAUAAUAAUAUUCAUUUUAAAGUUUUUCAUCAGAGCAAUAAUUUCAAAAUUUUGUUACAUUUCAAGCUUUACCAUCAUAACAUGGAAUGCAAGGAAAUGUAUUUUAAAAGUUUUAAGCAGAGAUGAAUUAAAUUGUCCAAUAAUCAUAAACAUAAGUACCAAAAAACUAAAAAAAAGUAUAAUUUGCAAAUUGA